UUCAUACACCCGAGCCUGAAUUCCGUUGCCUGUCUCCAUUCCAACGCCAGCCAGCCAACCGACCGUCUCUUUCUCUUACCACGACUGCGGCUGUCAGCGGAUCGUCACCUGCGUCCUCUGCCAGUUCAGCUGAUAUCAAGUCCCCGCAGCUCCUAGCUUGGGUCCCGCCUACCUUUUGCAUCUGCCAGGUUUACCCCUGCAACACCUCUCCUAUUGCCCUACUCCCAUGUCCGAGUCCCCACCCAUCCGGCGCCUGUCGACGACGAGCAGCUCCCCUGGGAACCUCAAGCGCGAGGAGAAUCUCAUCAACGCGUACGAAGCCGAAGAGGAGCGGAUCAUCAAUGUGCUCUCGAGGAAGCUCGAGCAGCUGCGGGAGGACAAGAUACACCUGGAGAAUGUGCUUGAGGCUGAGAACGAGUCGCAUGUGAACAGGCUGACGAGGGAGUUGUCGGCGCUGCGGAUUGCCCAGCAGCAACAGCAGCAACAGGCUCAACAGUCACAACAGUCCCAAGCGCAGACGAAUGGCACUGGUACCUCCUCGUCAUCUAACGGUAUCGGCAGUGGUUACAACAGUGGCGGGAAUGGUCUUAACGGCAAUGGGGCGGCGUCGCCAGACGCCCGCGUCGGGAUGCAGAUGUUCAUGUCGGGGCAGUCGCCGCUCUCCCCGAGCGCCGAGGUCAUGCUUGAUGCGAUGCGCCGGGAGAACGAGCACCUGCGCGGGAGGCUCGUCGAGACGGAGCGGGACUAUGUACGGAUAUUGAGGCUGAAUGAGAUAUAUAGGGAGGAGCUGAUUGACCAUCGACGACGGCUUGGACUGUCGGUGGACAACCUUAUAGGACUCUCGUCCUCGCUGGAUCCAUUGUCACAGCCGACGCACCGGCGUUCGUUCUCCUCGAACGUUUCUUCGCCGAGCGCGUCUGUGUCGUACUCGAACCUCACUUCACAACUGCACUCUCAUCCGUCCCAGAUACCGGGCACGCGCCCGCCCCCGUUUGCUCCGGCACCGACGCACGGCGUGCCAAUACCGCGGCCGCCCUCGCAGAUCCACCGACCAGGUGCUGACCAACCGUACCUCUCCCCGGAGGCAUCGACACCCCUCUCGCACUCGCACUCGCCAUCUUCAUCCUCAGUCGAGUCCCCGUUCCCGUUCUCGCCCGUCACUACCACGCACCCCGCGAGCUUCGUAAGCAACGGAACACACCUAACCACCCCGCCCUCGUCCGUCUCGGUUAACUCGAACGCGCCCAUCGUCGGGCCGUACCCGGGGAUGUCGAUGGCAGCGCCCGCACAGGGCCUCUCGUACCCGUCCGUGCCGCCGCCGUCGCUCUCGUCGUCGUUCGGGUCGCCGGUGAUAUCGUAUGUGCCGCACCGCGAGGCGUCGCAUUCGCCCGUGGAGCCGCUGAGCCGGCGGGGCUCGAAUGCGCAGCAGCAGCAGCAGAUGGGGAGGAGGAGGAGUGUGGAUCGGGGAGGGCGGAUUGCGGAGACGGGGACGUUGGUGCCGAGGAGUAGGGCGGGGAGCCAUAGUCUUGCUGCUACGGCGGAGGACGCUGGCGAGAAUAGGAACGGGCGGCUGUGAUAUGGCGGGAAGGUUGUGAUGGUCGCUAGGCUGCGAGCGGGCAGGGGAAGAAUCCAUGCAGCCUCGUGUGUGAUAUAGAGGUCGGCACAUGUGACGUGGAAGCGUCGGGUGAGGCGCGCAUUGGGCCCUGGUAAUGAUUAGUUUACUUGACCUUGACUGGACUAUUGGAGUUGGUUUCUUUGAUUUGCGAAUCUCAAUAUUUGUUGCUCUGCAGCUGUGUACUAUACUUUACAUCCCACUCGUACGCACAAAUUCACCGGAUUAUUGUCAGC